GUUAACGGCUGGAGUAACCGUUACUGGGGCUGGGGUGGCGAGGACGACGACAUGUGGCGUCGUGUGGCGCUGCACGACUUGCCGGUGUGGCGGUGGCCCGCCGCCGUGGCGCGCUACACGAUGCUGGGGCACCCCGCCCCCCCAGGGGUCAACAAGAGAAGUUACGAGUUACUGAAGGAACUUGGUCCCUAUCACCGACGGGAUGGACUAAACUCCCUCCACUACUCACUAGUCAACUACACCAGCUUCAUCCACCACACGCGUCUGCUGGUGGAUGUUGGUAGUCCAGAGGACGAUCUACCACUUAAGGGCAAAGGCAGAAAAUCAUCCAAACGCAGGCGUAGGAGCAAGGUGGAUGCGAAAGAUACGAGGGAAAGGAUCAAGGUGGAUGCGAAGGAUACGAGGGAGAGGAGCAAUAUUGAAACGACCAGUGCUGAUGUCCCAGCGUGGUGAUGCCUUUACUUUGCAUAAAACUGUUACAUUAAUUUAUUUAAUAAUAUUUUUAUAUUGCUUAUGAAGACAAAUGGGAGGCCGUCUGUAAUCCGUCCAUACUUCUCACAUGUAUUCUGUUAGUUGUUAGUUAGGAUAGGUGAUAUAACUGAAUAUAUUGAUUAUUAUAUCGAAUAUAAAAAUUUUAAAUUAGUCUAAUCGACUGAUGAAAGAUGAUGCUAUCUAAAAAUAAAACAAAAUAAUAAUAUAACAUGAAACUAUAAAUAAAAAAAUAUAUAUAAAUAAAAUCGAAUGAUUACCAGAUGCUAAGAAUGUUGAAAUAAAUUAACAAACAAUCUAUGUUACUAUAAUUAGGAAAUGCUUCCAAUUGUUGUUUGAUCUAGAGCUUUAUUAACUCACGUUCCUAUUUUUAAUAAACAUUUUUUAUAAUUACA